GGUGGAGCAAACGCGCAUUGGCAUACAUCUUUGGAUCUCUUUAGACUUCUAUCAGGGAGUUUUCUACCAUCUCUUGACCCUGACAUAUACCAGUUGCAGCGAAGACAGACACAAUUCGAACAUCUCACCCUAACAUGUUAAAGCUGCUUCUUGCAUCAUAGUACUACUAUCCGUGAUAUUCCCUUCUCCAACAUGGCGUCGAAGAUAGUCGUCAUCGGAGACGUCAACUGCGAGCUGCAAGACGUCUUCACCAAGCUCUCCAAGCUACAUAUCAAGCAAAACUUCUCCUUCGCCAUCAUCGUCGGCGACCUCUUCGGCGACUGCUCCACAGAGCAUGAACUCGAGCAGAUCAGCGCCCUGCUCCAAGGCAACAUCGUCGUGCCUCUUCCCACCUACUUCACCUUGGGCAGCCGUCCUCUCCCCACGCGCAUCAUCGAGGCCAUCGAAUCCAAGGACGAAGUCUGCCCUAACCUCUACUUCCUGGGCCGCCGCGGCACCCUCAAGACCUCCGAAGGCGUGCGCCUCGUCUCUCUAGGAGGCACACUCGACCCCGAGUCCAAAUCCUCCGACAAAUACCACCCCUCCUACACCGAAUCCGACGCCCGCGCCCUCUACGGCGCCCACCAAGCCGACAUCCUCAUCACCCACCAAUGGCCCAAGGACAUCCGCACCGGCUCCAAAGCCCCCUUCCCCGACACCACCGACACCCCUCCAACAGAAGUCCAAUGCAUCGCCGACCUCUGCUCAACCCUUAAACCACGCUACCACCUCUCCUCCUCCAGCGCCUUCUUCUGGGAACGCGAACCCUUCUUCCACCUCCCCACCGCCGACACCGACAACCCGGACGCCAAACCCCUCACCCGCUUCAUCAGUCUGGCCGCCUACAGCAAAACCACCAAAACCAAAUGGAUGUACGCCUUCACCCUCGACCCCAAAGCGCCCCCAGCCCUCACCAUCCCAACGGGCACAACCGCGCCCCCCUUCGCCCCCAUCCCCACAAAACGCAAACCCCUCCAAUCCCAACGCGACUCCUACCACCGCUUCGCCGUCGACGACGACGACAACCGUCCCCGCAAAAGACGCGCUCGCGCGCCCCCUCCAGGCCCAGACCAAUGCUUCUUCUGCCUCUCCAACCCCAACAUCGCAACCCACCUCAUCACCUCCAUCGGCGACGAAGCCUACCUCACCACCGCAAAGGGUCCCCUCCCCACCUCCAAAACCUUCGCCUCUUCCUCUCUUAACUUCCCCUCCCACAUGCUCAUCAUCCCCUUCUCCCACUCCCCCACCCUCUCCACCAUCUCAGACCCCACCUCCAGACAAUCCACCUACGCCGAAAUGCACCGCUACCGCUCCGCCCUGCACUCCAUGCUACGCCACCGCGCAAAUAACUCCCUCGGCGCAGUCACCUGGGAAGUCUCCCGCGGAAACGGUAUCCACAUCCACUGGCAAUUCCUCCCUGUGCCUGCUGAUCUCGUCCAACGGGGUCUCGUCGACGCGGCGUUCAAAGUCGAGGCCGAGAACCUGAAGUAUCCGAGAUUCGAAUCUCCAUCUCAACCUAAUGAUGGUGAUGAGAGCGCCGAACCGGGUGACUUCUUCCGCGUGUGGAUUUGGGAGCCCCCGCAGGCUGCUGCUGAAGCUGAGGCUGAGGCUGGGAAGGAUGGUGAGAAGGGUGGUGAUAAAGGUAAGGAGAAAACGCUCCUCCUGCCACUUAGUCCGGACUUCCGGUUCGAUUUGCAGUUCGGACGCAGAGUCAUGGCGAAGUUGAUGGGGUUGGAGAAGCGCAUUAAUUGGAAGGAUGAUGUGCAGUCUGUGCAGGAGGAGGAAGCGGAUGCGGAGGCGUUUAAGGAGGCGUUUAAGGAGUGGGAUUUUACGUUGGAGUAGAUACUACAAUUUUCUCUACUAGGAUAUAUAUUGGGAUUUGGUAUUCAGGUGGGUGAGUUGGAUUUAUGUAUAAUAUCAAUGGAUACUCUGCUAGUAAGAUUUAAGUUUGGUUUCAUAAACU